AUGCGUUGGGUACCCCACUUGCUCCAACUGUGCAUCCUCCGGCCAACCUUGCUCACGGUCCUGCGUCGAAUCGAAGACCUGGAAGCUCGGCUGGCUGCAGCGAUAGAAGGAAAUGCAUCCAAUGCGGUGCAUAAACCCGAGCAGGCCUCGGGAGUGUCGGGAAAUCCCUUGUCGCGCCGCUCAGACAUGAAGAAGCGUCGUCUGGGCGACGGAGUCCGCUUUUUGAGCCUAUGCCAUGAUGAGAUCGGAGAACCCGCUUACCUCGGGCCAUCUUCUGGUCUCUCAAUGGCGGAGAAUGUUAGUCGAAUGGUUCACAACGCGAUCGGAAUGAAGCUGUUGCCUAUCAAUGAGAGUAUUCAGCAGCCCGAUGGGCCAUUACCAAACGCCGUUAAAUCCAAAAUUGUUCCUCCAGAUGAUGCAACCGGAACACAAAUUCUCGAUGCAUAUUUCAAUAACAUGCAUAUGCGACUCCCAUUUCUGGAUCGGACCGAGAUUUUUGAGUUACAUUCCAAACGGUAUCAGAUCACUGAAGUCACCCCAGAAGCGCAGUUUGCUCGAUUUAAAUUAUUCAUGAUCUACGCGAUCGGAGCUACAAUAUGCCAAAUAACAGAAACGUAUGACUCGACAGCUCCUAAUGAUUAUCUGAUCGCCGCAUUGGAGUUCGACCCGACACUCAGAGAGUCAAUCUCCGUUGCCAGUAUAGAGGCAACGAUGCUGCUUGUUCUGUACAAUCUUCGAUCGAAUUCAAAUUCGAGUAUUUGGUAUAUGAUUGGAUCGGCAAUGAGAACCUGCGUGGACUUUGGAUUCCACAGAGAAUCUUAUUAUCGAAGAAUGGACCCUCAUGAAGCGGACUCACGACGCCGGCUCUUUUGGAGUGUUUAUCUCAUGGAGAGGUACACAGCAUCAUCCUUAGGAAGGCCUUUUAGUAUCGCCGAGGAGGAAAUUGAUGUGGAACUUCCACCAAAUAUAGAUGAUUCGAUGAACAGUGAUGAUUUGAUUGACCGGAUGUUCAAUUAUCACAGUCGAGGAAAGCCACACAAAGCAAGGCUUGGAAGAUUCAUAGCCUUGAUUCGGCUGCAACGGAUAGUCUCUCGAAUCCACACACGCAUCUACCGUGUCGACAAGCAUAUCUCCGCUCUACGUCCAGAGGUUGGUCCUCUCAUGUCUUCUUUACAGGAAUUCAAAGAGACUUUACCACCCCUUGACUUGCAGGAAGGGGACUUCGUCCAUAUGCACUGGCACAACUCUGUCCGCAUACUUAUACAGCCCUUCCUGAGUAUCCUGCAUCCGCAAGACAAACUUAUAAGUACUUGCCUCUUUGCCUCGGGGCAGAUGUGCCAGUUUUUCAAGCAGAUGCGCCAAAGAGACUCGUCUGGCUACUCAUUUCUACUCGUGAAUUCAAUCUUCAUGGCUGGUCUCACGAUGUGUUUUUGCGUAUUUCGAUCUCCCGGCCUUUGGACUCCAACUAUCUCAAAUGAUCUCCGUGCCUGCUCCUCGGCACUAUUUGUCAUGGCUGAGCGUAACCAAAAAUUGAAAAAUUACCGGGACGGACUCGAAACCAUCAUAAAUCGAGCGAUGGAUUUCGUUCAACAAGCCUCUGACGCACAGAAAUCAAACCAAGGUGGCAUCCAUACAGAGGAGGUAACUGGAUUCGCGCAGCCGUCAGAAACCACACAGAGCCUCGAAAUACAGCUUCACCAACCCAAUGCAGUUGAUGCUUGUGGCCUAGACACUGAGGCAUUCAACUUUCCCGACGACGAUCUUUUUCAGCAUCUUCGAGAUCUUCCGUUCAAUUUGCAAGAUAGUCUGUCUCGAGACAAUGUGGACGUCCUGCAUUCGCUUGAUGAUAUCUUCUCCGAUGACUUUUGGGUUGCUGAUGCUUUUAAUACACCCACGUUAGAUGGGUUCGAGUAG